UGGUUCUCACACCGUCCUUGGUACAUGCAUUUUCAGGAAUUUUUCCUUCUGUAUCAAUGGGGUGUUGAUGCAUGUGAGCUUGCACUAAAUUCCACUGUUGUAAAGAAUAUUUUAAAUAAAAAGAGCAAGUAUGAUGUUAUUUUGUUGGAACAAUUCAAUAACGACUGCAUGAUGGCUGUAGCAUGGAAACUAAAAGCACCGGUCAUAGGAUUGAGUAGUUGUGUGUUGAUGCCAUGGCAUUACGAUCGUCUUGGAAAUCCUUUAAUUCCAUCUUAUGUGCCUGGGCUCUUUGUUGGCUCUUCGGAUAAGAUGGACUUUUUGGAGCGAUUGAAUAACUGGUUUGCUGUCAAUGGACUGAAACUCAUGUACCAGUACAUAACGAUGAGUGAAACUGAGAAAAUUAUUCAAAAGCACUUCAAGAACGAAGAUAUUCCACCAAUUAGUGAACUCGCCAAAAAAACGAGUCUCAUGUUCGUUAACAGCCAUUAUUCAUUCAGCGGAUCAAGGCCAAAUGCACCAACUGUUGUGGAACUAGGUGGAGUUCAUAUAAAAGAAGAAAAACCUUUGGAUCCAGAAAUAAAAGCGUUACUGGACUCGUCAGCUGAUGGUGUAAUUUACGUUUCUUGGGGUUCCAUGAUAAGGGCUGAAACGUUACCGCACGAAAAACGAAAUGAGCUUCUGAAGGCAUUUGGCGCUUUCGAACAGAAGAUUUUAUGGAAAUGGGAAAAUGAAACGCUUCCUGACCAGCCCAAAAACGUAUAUAUCCGUUCCUGGAUGCCACAGAGAGAGAUUCUAUGUCAUCCCAACGUGCUUGUAUUUGUAAGUCAUGGUGGAUUAAUGGGAAGCAGUGAAGCAGCUUAUUGUGGUGUCCCAAUGGUCCUUACGCCAAUGUAUGGUGAUCAAUUUCAAAAUUCGGCUGCAGCUGUGUCACGCGGCAUGGGUUUUAUCGUACAUUACGAACACAUUACCGAAGAAGCUUUUAAAACAGCCAUAUCUAAUGCCUUAACAACGGAAGCAAUGCAAAGUGCGAAAAAAGUAUCAUAUUCGUAUCGAAAUCGUCUUAAGAAUCCACUAGAAACGGCAAUUUGGUGGGUUGAAUAUGUUGCAGCUACGCGCGGAGCUCCUUUAUUGAAAUCGCAUUCUACAGAUUUGUCGAUUUUGGCGUAUUAUUCGUUUGACAUUUAUAUCGUUAUUUUCUUCAUUUUAUUAGUGAUAAUUACCUUUUACGCCUGCAUUCUGCGAUUCACUUUCAAAAAGAUUUUCGUUAGAGUGACCAAAUCAAAAACUGAUUAAAAACGACAUUUGAAAAAAAUUCAUUCAAAGUUUUAUCGCCAACAUCAGUAUAAGUCGGAAAUUAAUUUUUGUUCAGUUUUCAGCACAUGAACUGGUGCCGCAAAG